UUAAACACAUAUAAAUAUAAAGAUAGAGAGAGCCGUUGGCGUCUCAUCCAAAGGCCAAAAUUCAAAAUCCUCACCUUUCCUUUCUUGCUCUCCUUCUCUUCUAUUUAGGCCUUAUAUACCACCCUUAUUCAAAUAAGCCUUUACUCUCUCCCAUUCACUUUUGAGAAUUGAGAUGAUGAUCUUUGAAAGCCUAGACUCACUCUGGUUCUUCUCCAAUAUCCUCUCACAUUCAUCCUCUCCCAUUCCAUGCACCAAUGCCCACACCAUUAAAUUUCAAACCUCAAACUCACAACCACAUCAUCCUGUAAAUACUCUCAAAACAACCAAAUUAGAAACAGAGUUUGAUGUUCAAGUACUACCAUUGAAGGCUGAGAAACCCAAGAAAUCAAGAGCAACAAAGGAGAAGGAGAAGCAGAAACUGGAGCAUCAAAAGAAUGACAUUGAAGAUGGGUUGGUUGAGGAGUUGGUGUUUCUGGGUUUAAGUUUGCAGCAGCUGUCAGUGAAACAGAGAAUGAAAACAGGGAUGGCAUUUCACUGCUGCAGCAUGCCACCUCUGAAUGAUGGUUUGGCCAUGAAGAAACACCUCAAAUCUUGGGCUCAUGCUGUUGCUUGCACUGUUAGAUGAACUUAGGACCAAGCAUGAUGUUCAGCAUUCCAGUGAUGAUUAUUUUGUUUUAAAAGGUUAUUUUCUUCAUUUACUAGCUAGCAUUAACAAUAACCCCUGUUAGAUUAGAUUGUUAAUUCAUUGUUUCAUUCUGGUGUCUCUGAUUAUAUUAUCAAUUAGAAACUUACUGCACUGCAUUGCUUUGUACUUCAAUUCUUCAAAGAAUAAUGUCUUACAGAUUUCUUCAGAAGUACAAGAGUUGGACAUUUAAGAAGUGGGUGAAAUGUAUAAAUAAUCAUGGACCCAUCAGGUGUUUAUUUAGGACCUUGACUGAUGUAUGUUUGAGACAAUGAAACAGGAACAAUAUGUUAUUAACAUGAUUCAGAAGAAUCACAAGUUCCGAGUACAA